AUGGCCCCUGUUAUCCUACACCUUAGAGCCGAGACUAAAGAUCAAGAAGCCCGUGCGGCUUUGACGCCAAACACUGUGGAGAAGCUUUUAUCUCAAGGCUUCAAAAUUUACGUUGAAGAAAGUGAUCAAUCGACUUUCGAUAUCGAAGAAUACAAAAAGGCCGGUGCUAUAAUUGUGCCUAAGGGUUCGUGGGUAAAUGCUCCCAAAGAUCGCAUCAUCAUUGGCUUGAAAGAGCUUCCCGAAGAGGACACUUUCCCAUUGGUACAUGAACAUAUCCAAUUUGCCCACUGCUAUAAGAACCAGGCAGGCUGGAAAGAUGUCCUAGGUCGUUUUAAGAGAGGCCAUGGAACUCUUUACGAUCUUGAAUUUUUGGAAAAUGACCAGGGCAGAAGAGUGGCGGCUUUUGGCUUUUACGCCGGUUUCGCCGGUGCAGCUCUCGGUUUGAAAGAUUGGGCCUUUAAACAGACCCAUUCUGACUCCGAGGAUUUGCCAGGUGUCACUCCUUUCCCUAACGAAAAUGAACUUGUGAAAGACGUCACCGCAGACUUGAAAUCCGCCUUCAAAAAGGGUGCCAAGAAACCAACCGUCUUGAUUAUCGGUGCUCUUGGAAGAUGUGGUUCUGGUGCCGUCGAUAUGCUACAAAAGGCUGGCAUUCCUUCUCGCAACAUUAUCAAGUGGGACAUGAAGGAAACGGCGCGUGGAGGUCCAUUCCAAGAGAUUGCUCAGGCUGAUAUUUUCAUCAACUGCAUUUAUUUGUCGAAGCCCAUCGCACCUUUCAUUAACUCCGAGCUACUGAAUGACAAGAAAAGAAAGCUAAGAACCAUUGUUGAUGUAUCUGCUGAUACUACCAACGUGCACAACCCUGUUCCUGUGUAUACGAUUGCGACCGUGUUCAGCAAGCCAACGGUUUUAGUGCCCACUUCCAGUGGUCCUAAACUCUCAGUGGUAUCUAUUGAUCACUUGCCAUCUCUUCUGCCAAGAGAGUCUUCCGAAUUCUUCGCUCAUGACCUCCUUCCUUCUCUAGAACAGUUACCAAAUAGAGACCAGGCACCUGUGUGGGCUAGAGCUGAAGCUCUAUAUCACAAACACUGCGCUCGUCUCGCGAGAGGGUCGAAGAUCUGA